AAGGGAAAGGGAAACGGAAGGAGAAAAAGAAACAAGGAAGGAAGGAAGGAAGGAGAGAGAGAGAGAAAGAAUGAAACAAAAAGAAAGAAAAAACCAGAAGAAGGAAGGGGAUCUCAUGUGGCUUAAUGAACGUCAUACCUAUUUGGGAUUAAUUGCCUCCAAUAAAUUCCAUAUUAGAAUUGUAAUUCUUAGAACUGCAAGCCAGCAUAACUGAAGAGUGGGAAUGUUGGGGUAUGUUAUCCCCAUAUCUUGAAGCAGCCUAUCAAGCCCUGUUUCUCGAACUUGGCAACUUUAAGAUGCGAGGAUUUCAACUCCCAGAAUUCCCUAACCAGCACUCAUCUAUUUUUCAAAACCUCUCCUGUCCCAAGUAAGCUACCUGUACAAUAGUUCAAAUUUUUGAGGUCCAAUAAAAAGCCCUUUAGUAUCGGCUUCUUCAAAAAGGAAACAUUUUAUUAGGGAUAAACUGAGGCAAAUAUUCAUUGGAGACAGCAGCACUCAGCUGCGCAUUAAGAAGCUGUGGCUCUGAUGAAAUGUCAUAGUGUUAAUUUGGCCUGCUGGUUUUUUUUUGAAACAAGCAUUUUAUGCUUUCUGCUUCACAAGUGACUUAAAAAAUGUUCUUUUAUUUUUUCAUUAGCAAAGAGGGCAAUAGAGAUGUUCGUUUCUUAGCCUCAUUUCAUUCCAAGCUGUGAUCUUGCUUGACCAUCCGUAAGUGUGUGAUAGGUCUUAAAGCAGGGGUCCCCAACUCACAGGCCAUGGCCUUGAGCUGUUCAGAACUGGACCAUGGAAAUGGUGGGUAAGCGCAUGUGCAUGCACACAUCCCCACUUGAACAAGCAGCGGGCUGGUUCACCAUGAUCAUCCCUGUACGAUGCUUCACUUGCGGCAAAGUUGUGGGGAACAAAUGGGAAGCAUACCUGGGCCUCUUGCAGGCCGAAUACACAGAAGGAGAUGCGUUGGACGCUCUUGGUCUGAAGCGCUACUGUUGUCGUCGGAUGCUUCUAUCCCACGUGGAUUUGAUUGAGAAGCUGCUGAACUAUGCGCCCUUGGAGAAGUAGCAUUAGUGAAUCUAAACCAUGCCCAAUGGAAAUGGGCUAUAAACAUGUGCACCCCUUAGCUUGUGCUAAAAUGGACACCACCUACCAGAUGGCUAACAUCAGCAGUAGAAAAAGUUCACUUCAGUGAUGCGUAAUAAAAAAAUACUAUGUGCGUGAAA